CCUCCCACUCGUUUGACUCCAAUCACCGCAGAGAACGAUGCCUCGCGUGAAGAGAUGGAUGGAGAAGUUGGAGGUGACGGAGGAGUCGGGUUUGACGACUGCCCAGUUGAUGUUGACGAAUCCUGAUUUGCAGCCAGGUGAGACCGAGAAACCUACCUACCUAUCUACCUGUCUACCUGCCUAUCCGUCUCCUUGACGGGGACGUACCGACCGAUCGCCGUCGAUUUUCUUUGAAUCAUGACAAGUCCUCCAAGACUGACCGUUUGCCGUGAUGUGACCCUCAGUCGACCCCGAACAACGCCUGUGGAGCUGGUACAAUUUCAUCGCCUUUUGGAUCGCCGAUUCGCUGAAUAUCAAUACGUGGAUGAUCUCCUCCUCGAUGAUCGUGGACGGUCUGUCCUGGUGGCAGUCGUGGAUCUGCGUCUGGGUCGGAUACUUUCUGGCCGCGUGCUUCGUCUGUCUGACGGGUCGCAUCGGUGCCGUCUAUCACAUCUCCUUUCCGGUGGUGGCUCGGUCGAGUUUUGGCAUCUGGGGCUCUUUCUGGCCGGUGCUGAACCGGGUUGUGAUGGCCGUCAUCUGGUAUGGGGUGCAGGGAUACAUUGGGGGUCAAUGUGUGACGCUGAUGAUCCGGGCGAUCUGGCCGAGCUACAACACCAUCCCCAACGGCAUCCCUAAAAGCUCAGGCGUGACCACCCGCGACUUCACCAGCUUCUUUCUCUUCUGGCUGCUCUCCCUCCCAGCCCUGUGGGUUCCGAUCCAAAAACUGCGCCAUCUGUUCACGGUCAAGGCCAUCUACUCGCCCAUCGCGGCGAUCGCCUUCUUCGCCUGGGCGAUCGCGCGAGCCAACGGGAUCGGCCCCAUCGUGCACCAGCCGAGCAAGGCCCACGGCAGCCAGCUGGCCUGGGCGGUGGUCAAGUCGAUCAUGAGCUGCAUGGGCAACUUCGCGGCCCUGAUCAUGAACGACCCGGACUUUUCCCGGUUCGCGCGCAAGCCCAAGGAUGCGCUGUGGGCGCAGCUCUUUACCAUCCCACUCGGCUUCGGCAUCACCUCGUUCAUCGGCAUCAUCGCGUCCUCGUCGUCGGCCGUCAUCUUUGGGGGGGAUUAUGUGUGGAACCCGCUCGACCUGCUGGGCAUGUUCCUGGACGGGGCCGGCUCGGGCCAGCGAUUCGGGGUGUUUGUCAUAGCUACCGGUUUUGCGCUGGCGCAGCUGGGUACCAACCUCUCAGCUAAUUCAGUGUCGGCUGGUACAGACAUGACGGCGUUGCUGCCACGGUAUCUCACUAUUCGCCGGGGGAGCUAUAUCUGCGCGAUGAUUGGUUUGGCAAUGUGCCCGUGGAACCUCCUCUCCUCGUCGAACCAGUUCACGACGUACCUCUCCGCCUACUCAAUUUUCCUAUCUGCCAUCGCCGGCCCCAUGAUCUGCGACUACUACAUCGUGCGCAAGGGUUACCUCCAAACGAAGGACCUCUACAGCGCCAGCAAAGACUCGCCGUACUACUACUGCUGCGGGUUCUCGUGGCACGCAUACGCGGCGUAUCUCUCGGGGUUGCUGGUCAACAUCGUGGGGUUUGCAGGCGCCGUCGGCCGCAAGGUGCCUAUCGGUGCGACGUAUAUCUACAACGUCAAUUACGUGUCGGGAUUUCUCGUCUCGUUCGCCAUGUACUACGCCCUGACGUGGGCUGUGCCCAUCCCGGCGACGAGUGCGGUGUGGAAUGAAGUUGAUGUAGACGUCGACGACGACCCGAUGUCUGUCGCGGAAGGAGAGGAGGUGUAUGGGGAUGAUCGAUGGGAGGGAGAGGGAGAAGCGGGCGGGGGGUUAAAAGGGAGGGAUGGAGAUUAUAAGGGAGCGAAGAGUGGGUUGAGAGGGUUGUAAACUUCUUUGUUCAUUUUCUAUUUUUGGGAACUCUUUAUAUGGGUAAUGGGAUAGGAUACCAGCUGUUAAUUCGAC